AUCCAAUUACAGUGUUGUGUUUUUUAUGUCAGUAUCGUUUAGCAAUGAAAAUUUAAUGUGUGUUCAAGGCACUAAUUGAAAAUGUCGCAAGUGUCUGAGCUGCAGACAUGUCCCAUUCUGUGUCUGCACGAGGAGAUCGUGCAUGAACUCUUCUCCUAUUUGCCACAACUCUGCGACAAAGUGCGUUUGGCUUGUGUGGCACCCAAAUUCAUGCACGUCUUUAGCAAAUGGGUGCGAUCGCGUCGACAUGCGUUGAACGCUGAGGAUGUGGAGCAGAUGCAGUUGGGUGAAAUGAUUGAUUUCUUCAGUGUGGCCGGACCGUACAUAACCUCACUUACUGUUGACUGCUCGUCGUUUCAAAAGGAGUCGCUGAUCGUGGAGUUUAUAGCUGUCUAUUGCCGCAAUCUGGAGGAGAUCAACUAUAGUAAUGUGACAGAUGAUUUCCAUUAUCGCGAACUAAUGACGCGCCUAACACAACUGCGACGCAUUAGCAUCGAUUGCAUGGAUGCCGAAGAUGUGUUGAAUUUUGAUCUUGAGGGGAAUACCGAGCUGGAAUCCUUUGAGCUCAUCAAUGGCUGCUACACGGGCAAACAUUUGUGCGGCUUUGAUAAGCUGCAGCGUCUUGUGCUGCGCGAUUGUUUGCUCUGGAAUUCUGGAGAAUUUGGCAUUCCUCUCAAGCAUUUGCGUGUGCUGGUGCUGGACGAUUGUUGCUUUGAGGUGAUGAAUCACUCGUUGUACGAAAAGAUUGCCGAGUGCUGCGGAGAACUCGAGGAGUUGUCCUUCUCCGGCUGCGACUCGAGCUUUGAGGUGAUUGCUCAGCUGCCUAAUUUGCAGCGUUGCACUCUGAAGACCUGGAUGACCUCCAAUGAGUUGAACUUGGCGUUUCUAUCGACGCUCGCCGAUAAGAAGGGCAACAUGCUCAAGUACCUGAAGCUGUCGGGGCAAUUUGAGAUAAGCAAUGAACAUGCACGCUAUUUGGGACAACUGAGUUCGUUGGGGGAGCUUCAUUGGAGUGACAACGAUGUGCUGGAGGAUGAUCACUUCAGGUUCUUUAAUGAUCUGCCGUUGCUCCGUCUUUUUGGCAUGUCCUUUUGUGGUCGUGUCACGGACGUUGGUCUCAUGAGCCUGAUACGCAAGUGUCCGAUGCUUUCAUGCAUUAAUCUCAAGGAUUGCGAUCAGAUCACCGAUCAGUUUGUGCUCAAUGCCGUCUACUGUUGCAGCAAAAACUUGCCGAGUCGCGAUAUGUUGUUGAAUGUGGAGGGAACUAGAAUCAACCGCGAUAUGCUAAAGCAUCCGGAGUACUUAAAGCCGCAGAACAAAGUGAAGCUGAACUUUAAGAGUGAAACGGACUAGGAAGCGACCAUACACAACACACAACAAUACAACACAACAAUGAUCCAUUUGUGUGAUCUGUAUCAGAUAAAUUGAUGGCGAGCACCUUGGAUGCACCACUGGUCAUUUAAUAAUUAAACGAUCGAUCGACUAUUGUGACUAUAUCAGUUUGCAAUAAAUUUCGUAUUCAAUUGUUUGCUUGAA